AUGGUUGAUCCUUCUUAUAUGAGCGUAGUAGAACUUUACGACGUGCACGUUCAAAGUUCGGAAAAUUCAAAUUCGGCUCUUCAAAGGGAACAAAAACCGGGGAACGUGAAAAAAAUAUUAUCACAUCAUUUGUACAUGUGCGUGAAAACGUUCGGUUACAACAUAGCAGAAGAAGCGGAAAUUUAUUUGGCUCUCUACGACAGCGAAUCGGGAAAAUUUUUAACGGAUAGAUUUUGGAUACAAGUAUCGAAGCAAACGAUAGCAAAUUGCAUUGAUAAAUUUCAACCAUAUUGCACCGUUUUUACGGAUCUCGGUAAUGCGGAUCUCACGAAAAAACUUUAUCUUGUUGCUCGUGUAAUGAGAGUUGGUAAAAUGGUAGCAAAUGAUUCUGUGAAAAAAUCAAACGAUAAAAAUCCACAACAAUGUUUUAAAAGACCUGUAGGAGUUGCUGUUUUAAAUAUAUCAGACAUAGGUCUUUUAGAUACGACCGCAGGGAGUGAAGAAAAAGAAUUUACUUUUAAAGUUUAUCAAGGUGAAGAAAAAGAUUUUUUUCAACUCCAUGAAUUUAUUAUAAAAAAACAAAAUAAUAAAUUCAGUCCUUUGCAAAAUCAACCAAAUUAUAGUAUUGUUGUCAUAUUUAAAAUGCUUCACGGUGAAUUGUCUCAGGUUCGAGAAGAAAAUCCGAUAUUGUUUAAAAAUAUAUCUCUAACGAAUAAACUCGGGUUCCCCGAUAUUAUUUUACCUGGAGAUGUUCGAAAUGAUUUGUACAUAACAUUAGACAAAGGAGAAUUCGAAAGAGGUGGUAAAUCGACGAGUAAAAAUAUUGAAGUGACCGUUAUGGUGUUGGACGGAUCUGGUAAUGUUUUAGAGGAUUGUUUAUGGGGAGCUUGUGGUAUGGAACCAGAGAGUCAAUAUCACAGUAUGAUCAUAUAUCAUCACAAUAGUCCUCAUUGGAAUGAAACAAUUAGGCUCACCGUACCUAUAGAUAAAUUUUCUAAAGCUCACGUUAGAUUUGAAUUUCGCCAUUGCUCAACUCGAGAGAAAACGGAUAAUAAAAAACUUUUUGCAUUUGCAUUCGCUCGUUUAAUGUCUAAAAAUGGCGCGACGUUGAAAGACAGCACUCACGAAUUGUACAUAUACAAAUGCGAAGAUAAAAGUAAAAUGAAUCCCGAACAGUACCUGAAACUUCCAUCGAAUACAUACGAUACAAUCGAAACGAACACAUCUUCAUCUGGAUAUUCAAGAAGUUCAAAAGAAGUUUUUCAUAUCACAACUUUAUUAUGUUCGACAAAGUUAACCCAAAAUGUGGAUCUUCUCUCGUUAUUAAAAUGGAAAGAUGAUCCCGAACCCAUAAGCGAAACUUUAAAUAAAGUUUUAAAACUCGGAGGUGAAGAAUUAGUUAAAUUUUUACAAGAUGUAUUAGAUAGUUUGUUCGCCAUGUUUUCAACGGAAGAUGGUAAUUCAACCCCACAUUCCGGACAAGUUUUUCAUGUUUUGGUAUCUAUUUUUAGUUUAUUGGAAGAAGGAAAAUUUGAACAUUUCAAACCGGUUAUGGAUACGUACAUAAAAGGACAUUUUGCUGCUGCUUUAGUUUAUAAGGGUUUAUUAACAUCGGUUCAACAUUGUGCAGAUUAUGUUCAAACCAGUGGCAAUCAAGAGCCGUUACAAAAAUGUUUUCGCUCUCUAGAAUAUAUUUUUAAAUUUAUUAUACAAAGCAGAUUACUCUUUGCAAGAGCCACAGAUGGACAAUACGAAGAAACUUUUCGUAAAGAUUUAUUUUCAUUAUUUAAAUCGUUAAAUAUGAUGUUGUCGAAAAAUAAUACUCAUACUCUCAACACUCAGAUCGCCGUACUUUAUGGCAUAUCAGCAGUUUUCGAACUUUUAACUCAAGUGUUGCCAACUGUUGAAGUCACGAGACUUGCUUCUUCAAUGCUGGAAUCUCUUCCGAUAAGAGAUUUAUCUCCACAAUUGGCUCAAGCAAAAUUAAUCGCUAUUAAAAACAUGGUUACGAGCAAAUUAUUUUAUGAAGAUGAAUCCCGUAAUCUAUUGCUUUUAACAUGUUGCAAACAUGUCAAAUUACAUUUGGCACAUCGUGACGAAUUGAAACUUUGCAGUGAAAUCAUAAUCGAAAUAAUAACGUAUUUAUUUAAUCAGAAACAACUUCAAAAUGAGGGGAAAGUUAAUAAUUGCAUCAUAAUGGACAUCGAAAUCCUUUGUUUGCACAUAAUUGAACCCCUCGUACAAACAUUGAUUGCCAUCAUUGACUGUCACAGUCCUGUUCUGGGUUGUCUCGUGACGUGUUUAAUGGGUAUAUUACAACUCGUGGAUGAUUAUAUUUACGACAAGAUAUGGCAAGAAUACGACGACAGAAGAUGUUUAAAAGAAUUAUUAUUGAAUUUAUUUACCGUUUUUCACGAACUCAUUAACAUAACCGUUUUUCCACCCGAUUGGUUAAUAAUGAAAAUGGUUUCGAGUAAAAUAAUAUUAAACGUCCUCGAAGAAAUAAUCAAACCUAUGAGAACGAAAUUUUUAAAAUCACCACAAAUCGAUAUAACGAUAUGGUCGACGUAUUUUAAAUUAGCCGUGUCUUAUUUAACUCAAUCGUGUUUACAAUUGGAAAAAUUCAGCACUGUUAAAAGAGAAAUGAUUGUGGAAAAAUAUGGAGAUAUGAGAGUACAAAUGGGUUAUCAAAUAAUAAACAUGUGGUUUUCAUUAGGAGAUAAUAAAAUACAUUUUACUCAGUCAAUGGUCGCGCCAUUUUUAGAACUCACCCUCGUACCGGAUCCGGAUUUACGUAAAGCAACCCUACAGAUAUUUUACGAUAUGAUAGAAGUCGAACAACAACAUCAUGGAAAUUUUAAAAAUGUCGAAAAUGAAUUAAUCGAUAAACUCGAUAUAUUGAUAUCGUUAGAAAACAAAGGGGAUGACGAUUACAGACAAUUAUUCAGCACUAUAUUGUCGGAUAGAGGAAAAGUGGAAAAACCAUGGUGGAAAGAUGUUCGAAAAGCAUUUAUAACAAAAGUGACAAGACUUUUAGAAAGAUUAUUAGAUUAUAGAGAAGUAAUACACGGUGAUGAAAAUAGGGAUAAAAGAAUGCAUUGCACCGUUAAUUUACUGAAUUUUUAUAAGAACGAAAUCGAUAGAAAGGAAAUGUAUUUGAGAUACAUUCAUAGACUUCACGAUUUACAUUUAUCGGCUGAAAAUUAUUUGGAAGCUGGAUUUACAAUGAAAUUAUAUGCGGAUCAAUUAAAUUGGAGUACACAAGUAUUACCCGCAGACGAUCAUUAUAGACUUCAAGAAGAAUGGCAACGUAAAGAAGAAUUAUUUAAACAAAUCAUUGGUUAUUUCGAUCGAGGAAAAGCUUGGGAAAAGGGAAUACCACUUUGUAAAGAAUUAGCAAAUUUUUACGAAACGAAAUUAUUUAAUUAUCAAAAAUUAUCUGCCAUAUUGCAAACGGAAGCAAAAUUUUUCGAUAAUAUUCUCACUCAACUCAGACCCGAACCGGAAUAUUUUAGAGUAGGAUUUUACGGUUUAAAUUUUCCACUUUUCGUCAGAAAUAAAGUAUUUGUAUAUAGAGGAGUUGAAUAUGAGAGAAUCGGUUCUUUUACUCAACGUUUACAAACUGAAUAUCCGAGUGCUCAAAUACUAACGAAAAAUACUCCACCAGAUGACAGCAUCGUAAAUGGAUUCGAUCAAUAUAUACAAAUAUCAAACGUGAAACCUUUGAGCGAAGGAAACGUCAUUUUUCAAGGAAUGUCGGAUGUACCUGAAAAAAUAGCUAGUUAUUACGAAGUUAACGAUGUUAAAAGAUUUCAAUUGGAUAGACCCAUGCACAAAGGACCGGUCGAUAAGGAUAACGAAUUCAAGAGUCUCUGGAUCGAAAGGACUUUGUUGGUUAUAAAUCAACCAUUGCCGGGAAUUUUAAGAUGGUUCGAAGUUGUCGGUAAAAGCGUCGAAUUGAUUCCUCCAGUUCAAUUUGCUUGCGAAACAAUGGAAGCCAUGAAUAAAGAAUUAAAACAAUUAACGGCCGUUUAUCAUGCCGAACCGAAGAGAAAUAUAAAUCCAUUUUCUAUGAGGCUUCAGGGAAUAAUCGAUGCGAACGUUAUGGGUGGUAUUGCUAAAUAUCAGCAAGCAUUUUUCGGACAAGAAUUUGCUACCAAUCAUUCCGAGUAUCUUCCUUUUGUUGGAAAAUUAAAAAGUCUUUUAAACGAACAAAUCGAUUUGUUAGAAAGUGGUCUUCUGCUACACGGAAGAUUAUGUUCAAGCGAAGUUCAACCACUACACAAACGUUUACAAGAAAGAUUUCUUCAAUUGAAAAGUUCAUUUAGAGAAUCCGGUGGUAGAAGCAUAAUUAACACUCCGUUACCACCACUUCCGGUCGAAAGUAAAAAAUUUAACCAACAUUACGAAAUGUACAACAUAACGAAUAGAUAUUCAAAUUCUAUGCCGAUUGAAAAUCAUUACGAAGAUGGGAUUUAUAGUAAACCAGCGGUGAGUUUGUUUGUUUGUUUGUUUGUUUGUUUGUCGAAUGAAUAUCCUGAUACUCCUCCGAUUCCGCAUAGAAAAUCAUCGUCAAGCAUCGGAGAUUGUAGUCAUCAGGAACGACCGCCGAAACCAACACACCAAAGAUCUUUAUCGAAACCUUUGUCUCCCAGAACUGCUCGACACGUCAUGUCGGAAGAUCAUAACAAUUCGAGUUUGAGAAAUUCAUGGUCUGAAGAAUUAAGAAAUGAUUCGGAUGAUGCUCCUCCACUACCUCCACGUGGCAUGACACCAGACAAAAGAGGAAUUUUCCUUCUUGAUUCUGUACAACCUCGGAGUGUUCCACCGAAAAGGCCAUUGUCUCAAAAGAGCACGACGUCGACGUCGAGUUCGGUAUUUUCAGGUGAUUCUGCCGGAGAUGUACCUGUCGAUGGUGGCGCCGACAGCGAUUCGAGUGAAACAACGUGGAAAAAUGAUUCCUAG